AUGGCUUCGAAAGACCCAGAUCAGAUGACGUUGUGGUCGCAGUUGCUGGAGGAUGGCUCCGUCCCUCUAGUGAAGAUCCUGACCUUGGGUGACAUGACUGGCGAGUUUCAGUUCAGUCACCUGAGCUUUCAGGAGGCGCUUUUCGUCCGAGCAUUAGCGCGCUCAGGCAGGCCCUUUCCGUCCUUCUGGGGCUCCGAUUCGGCGCUGAACACCAGCCUGAACGAUGCCUUUUACCGGAACACCUUUGUGAUUGGCCGCGGUUUCCUGGGCGAAGCCCUUGCUUCAAAGCGACCCGCCCUGAGUUUCGACUGCCAGCCUCGACUAUCUGAGCUUGGCCGGGAAGGCUUCCGGAACUUGGCCGCUGGCACUUGCUCGCUUCGGAGGCUGAACCUGGCAAACGUGAACCUGGGAGAUGGCCAGGAGGUAGAGGCGCUCGUUGCUGCUGUGCCAGGGCUUCCUCAGCUGGAGGAGUUGGUCCUGACCCGGUGCAGGCUUUCGGCUGUGAAGCCCAUGGCCAGACUGUUGAGAUCCUGUCCUUUACGCCUCCUCGACCUGGAAGGCAACCGACAUUUUCUGAAGACUUCUGCGGAUGCGUCGGAGCUGCAGCAGGAAGUUGGAGCAGAGGGUCUCGGGCAACUGGAGAUGUUGAGCCUACGAUGGUGCCACAUACCACCUGCCGCUGGAGCCUCUGUGAAAGAGUUCUUGAAGCUUUGCUGCCCGGCUCUUCAACACCUGGACCUGCAGGGCAAUCGUGGCUUGCCCAGGGCUUUGCUUGAGGACGCGUUUCCAUCCUCCUGCCUGUACGGUUGCUAA